AAUACAAUCUAUUUAGGAGAAAAUCAAAGCCCUACAUCGAAACUGACUGACUUUUUUAUUACUACGUUCAACCUUUUUUUCCGACUAUCUCUCUCACUCGACUUUUAGAACAACGGUGUGAACAACUAUUCUUAUGUUCCUGCCGUCAUACAAAAUCUGGCUUCUAUGGAUGGUUGGGACCCAACAACCGGAGGAGCUUGCGACGUUCAAAAUGGCGGGCCAUGUAUCAUACAAUUCGGAGCUGGAACUCUAAAUGUAACAUCGAUGGUCCUCUUCAGUCAGGGAAUCAGUUUUUUCAUUCAAUCACUGCUGUUGCCGACAAUUGGUUCAUUGGCGGAUUAUGGCAGUCAUGGCCCUAAGAUUUUGUUGUGGAUCACCUUGAUUAGUUGUGCAGCUCAGAUAGGAUUUCUUGGUUUUAGUGACCAAGGCUGGACUUGGUGGAUUGCUCUCAUUGUUGGAAUCGUUGUCUACGUCACAUACGGCGCAUCUCUUGUUUUUUACGCGGCAAUUUUCCCUCGUCUAUCAUUGAACGACCCGAAAGUUCGUACUGCUCGUAGAGAGGGUAUGCCACCGGCCGAAUAUUCUGCUCUGGAAUCUAUCACUAGAAAUCACUAUUCAACCAUCAGCACUACUUGGAGUAAUAUUGGUUUCUUGUUGAUCUCAAUCAUUUUGAUUGGUGUUUUCCAGGGACUAGCAAAUUUAUGGGGAACCGAUGCUAACUCCCUACCCAACUUUUCCCUCUCAAUUGCUAGUGCCGUCUGUGGUGGAUUCUGGCUUAUUUGUGCCAUUCCCUGGUUCUUUCUUGAAAAAAAGCGACCUGGCGUCCCUCUUCCAAGCAACCAGAACUAUAUGACACAAGGUUGGAUAUCCACCGUAAAGGCGUUUAAGGAAUGUAAGCGAUUGCCACAAACAUUCUGGUAUCUGCUUGGUUAUUUUGUUUUAGCAGACGCUGUCAAUACCACUGGACAAGUUGUAUCCGCUAUCCAAAACCAGCUUGUUACCUUCUCCGGUUCCUUGCUGACUUUCUUUGGAUUGGUCCAAGCCAUUGCUUCUAUCAUCGGUUGCCUUGUUUUCCUAUAUGUUCAAAAAUACUUUAACCUCAAAACCAAAACUAUGCUUCAGGUGUCCAAUGUCUUUACUCUUUUGAUUCCUAUUUGGGGUUGUAUCGGCUUAGGCACACAAAGUAUCGGUUUCCAUGAUGUUCGCGAAAUGUGGGUCUAUCAGGUUUGGUUCGGAAUCUUCACAGCGCCUUUCUAUGCAUAUACCCAAACUGUCAUGUCCGAGUUGAUUCCACAAGGCAAAGAAAACAUGUUCUUCGCUCUAUUUGGUAUUGCUAACAAAGUCAGCUCUUUCAUUGGUCCAACGAUCAUCGCCGCCAUCAUUAAUGCUACUAACAAUCAAUGGUCUGGCUUCCCAAUUUGCGUCUUCCUGCAAAUUUUGCCAAUCUGCAUCAUCUGGCGUGUCGAUAUGAAGAAGGCUGCUUUGGACAUUAAGAUGUACGAAGAAGAAGAGCGACAAAAGAAAUUGGCUGAAAGCCUCGAUGGCGAUAGCUCCGGUUAUAAGGAGGAGGUGCACGAACCAGUGGAGAGAAAGUUUGAUAACGAGAAGACAGAGGAGUUAUAUUGAUUACAUCGUACGCGUAUGUUAUACCUUUACAUCUAUAAUAUAAAUAAAGCAAACAUCUGUUUUUACAUGGUAAAA